CGCACGCUUGAUUGAAACUCAUGCUCUUGCCCGAUCCAUCAAUGGGCAGCACGACGCAUUCGUUCUUUGAGCCAACACCAUUCGAAGCCAUGGUCGCAUCUACGAAGCUUAUAAUCGCAGAGGCCUCCAAAGGGCAUCUGGACAAAGCUCGUCUCAUCUUUGACGCAAUGCCGCAGCACGAUUCCAUCUCCUGGAACACAAUGAUGUCAGCAUAUUCCACACAUGGCGAUGCUGGAAAAGCAAAAUGGUUUUACGAUAGAAUGCCCGAGAAAACAAUGCUCUCGUGGACAUCUAUGAUGGCUGCAUAUACCACAACUGGGGAUUUUGAGCGUGUCAAAUGGUGUUUUGAUCAUAUGCCCAUGCGGGACGUUGCGGCAUACAAUGCCAUGCUGAACGCCUACUUAACCGAUGGUGACAUAUUUACGAUGAGAAUUUUGUUUGAUGAGUUUCCAGAAAGAGAUAUAAUCUCAUACACAACAAUGCUGUCUGCUUAUUCCCAAAGUGGGAAUCUUGAAGAAGCAAAGAUGGUAUUUGAUGGAAUGCCAUGGAGGAGCAUCUACUCCUGGAACGCACUGCUCGUAGGAUAUGCCGAGAAUCAAGACCUGGAGGAUGCGAGGUAUUUUUUUGAUCGCAUGCCACAAUGGAAUGUAGUUUCCUGGACAAUAAUGAUUUCUGCAUAUGCCAAGGCCUUUAGCAACACGGACGCCAUGAGCUUGUUUAGAGAGAUUCCAGAGUGGGAUAUAGCUUUGUUCAAUGCAGUUCUGAAUGGUUUCAAUGAAUCAAGGGAUUUGGAAAAGGUAAAACGAUUCUUUGACGAGAUGCCGGCUUGGAAUCUAGUCUCCUGGACCACUUGCAUUCAAGCAUUCGCCUUGGAAGGGGAUAUCGCAAACUCCCAGAGAAUCUUCGACAUGAUGCCUUGUAAGAACCUGGUUGCUUGGAACGCCAUUCUUUCAGCUUACAUUCAAAAUGGAAACAUCAAAGAUGCCAUCCAUACAUUCAAGGCUAUGCCCCAACACGAUCAAGUGUCAUGGACUAGCAUGCUCUCUGGAUACUCGCGCUCCGGGCAUCUCAACGAAGUUGAGUCUUUGUUCGAGCGAUUGCCUUGCAAGUGUCUUUGCUCUUGGAAUUCUCUGCUGGUGGGAUAUGCUGAUAACUUGCAUGUGGAGAAAGCCAAGCAAGUUUUUGAGAAAAUGCCCCAGCAUGAUCAAAUCUCAUGGAAUGCACUGCUUGAGGUGUAUUCUAGAGUUGGCGACCUUGCAAAAGCAAGGGGUAUUUUUGAGGCUAUGCCCGAUAGAAAUAUUGUGUCCUGGAACACAAUGCUCACUGCUGUUUCUUGUAGAAACUACUUGGGGAAUGCAUGGAAGCUUUACAAUAUGAUGCCUGAGCAUGACUUGGUAUCGCCCAGCAUACUUUUGGCUGCAUAUUCUCAUGACUUCGAAAAAUCUAGUCAAAUCUUCCACUGUUUAAGUAUUAUAUAUUCUCCAGACAAUGCGAGUUUUACAUCACUUCUUGCCUCUUGCAGUUGUACAGGGACACUCUCUAAAGGAUUAGCUUACUAUCAUUCUAUGUCAAUAGAUUAUGCUUUGGUUCCAACCAAGCAACACUAUUCUUGUAUGUUAGAUUUGUUCAUUCGAUCUAAUCAUCUUCAAGAAGUAAACGAACUCUAUCAACAACACAUGAAUUUAUUUUAA